UCAAAAGUAGACCUAAAACCUUUUUCGCAUCACCAACCAAAUUGAGAUCAAGGAUUUAGCUAUGGCGACCGAGUUGUCAUCUUCUGCGGCUACAGAGCAACAACCAGAGGGAGGUCCGGCCAUGGCGGCGGCGAAUGCUGGGCCCCACAAGCUAGAGAGGAAGUGGACGUUCUGGUUCGACAACCAGUCCAAGCCCAAGCAAGGCGCCGCCUGGGGCACCUCCCUUCGCCAGGUCUACACUUUCGACACCGUCGAGGAAUUUUGGUGUUUGUAUGACCAAAUAUUCAAGCCCAGCAAGUUGCCUGCACAAGCGGAUUUCCAUUUGUUCAGAGCUGGGGUUGAACCCAAGUGGGAAGAUCCCGAAUGUGCUAAUGGAGGCAAGUGGACUGUUGCCAGCAACACAAAAUCUAGCCUCGAUACGAUGUGGUUAGAAACUUUGAUGGCUUUGAUUGGAGAGCAAUUUGAUGAGACUGAUGAGAUUUGUGGUGUGGUGGCGAGUGUGCGCCCAAGGCAGGACAAAAUUUCACUAUGGACCAAGACAGCUGCAAAUGAGGCUGUCCAGAUUAGCAUUGGAAGGAAGUGGAAGCAGAUAAUUGACUUAAGUGACAGGAUCACUUACAGCUUCCAUGAUGAUUCUAGAAGAGAUAGGUCGGCGAAAGCUCGAUACAAUGCAUGAACUGUCACUCGACGAUUUUGUUGCAUGGAUCUCUACAUGUUAGUUACUUAAAUUGUUACAAAUAUUGGCAACUCGUUGCAGAUUUUGAUGUUCUGUUUACUGAGGAAAACCAAGUAGAUCAAAUAUUUUAUAUGUUUUGUUUGUUAAUGUAAUAUGGCGAUUAUUGGUCUUUAUAUUUUGAUAUUCACAUUUUUUUUUUUUUUUUUGAAAAAGAAAACUACUAAACUGAAGUUUGAUUUGUUCGUCGCCUCUCCUUUACUCAAACCUGAAAUGAAGAGUUGAAAUCGGCUCAUUGCUAGGUUUUUCCUGUUCUAGUCUCCUAUUAGGGAUGCAAAAGAGCCGAUUUACCAUUAUUAGUUUCUAGAUCUCUCUGUUCCCGCCAACCCUUUCUUAUUACUCUACCUUGUAGACAAUU